CUUGCACUAUGCUCGUCAUGUCAACCGUGCCAUCUUGCGUUGCCCAAGAUGCGGAGACGAGGUUCAUGGAAGGAAUCAAGUGGCAAUCUGAAGACGACACCGCCGUGCGCCGCUCCAUUCUACUUCGCAUAUUGAUCGUACUCAAGCAAAAGUGCGGCAAAGUUGACGCACGCAUCUCCAACGUUGCCCGACGUGCCGAACUCGCGCUGUAUACCCGGGCGCAUUCCAGGAACGAAUAUAGCAACCCCCGGUCGUUGUGCAAACGGUUGCAUGCCCUCAUUGUCAAGCUGUAUGCACAUCAGAACUACGUGGCCACCAAGUUGCUGAAACAAAGGCCGACCAUGAACGAUGACGCGCCGUCGUUUGAACCAUGUGCCAAGCGCCGGUGCGCCAUCUCGAUGACCAACUCGGAUAUGCUCCUUUUCGAUGGCCACGAAGGCGUGCUUCGCGUCGUCACGUCGUUCCUCGACACAUCGUCCCUCAUCGCGCUGUCGUCUACGACCUACCGCGCCCGGCACUUCAUCCCUCAAUGCGUCACUGCCCUUCGAUUGUCCGCGUCGAAACUCCCCUCUACCCCCGUGGGGACGUGGCUACGGCAGUUUCCCAACGUCGAAUCGUUGACCUUAAUUGGUGACAACAGGUUCGGGUAUGGAGAAAUCGCCAUGGAGCACAUCGACAUGCGGUCAAAUGCGUCGGUGGAAUGGCUGCUCGAGGCCAUGCAAGCCGCGAUGCCGCUGCCCCGACUGCGUUCGUUGUCCUUUCAGCAUGUGUAUUGCGACGGCCUGGACGACCCGUUCACGUCGCGGGUGGCAGCCCUCGUGCCAACUUUGCCAUCUCUCCAGCACUUGAACCUCGUUGGCAACUGUAUCACAGACGUCGGCGCCGUGCAUUUAGCCAACACCAACUCGUCGUUGGUCACGCUAAACGUCAACAACAACUUCAUUGGGGAACGUGGUGUCUUCGCCCUGCAAAGUAUACACAAACGCUGCCGCGUUACUAUGACCGACAACCUCGUACACAUGGCUUGAGUAUAAGUGUGCGGAUGUGGAACAAUUAAUUUAUAGAGCCAAUGUUGUUUUGCGUCCA